ACAUUUAAUAAUUACUAUUUUUUUGAAAUAGUCGCUGAGCGAUUUAACAAUACGAGUACAGGGUCAAUCUAUUCAUGUUCACAAAGUUAUCUUAAAUAUUCGCAGUAAGUAUUUUAGAAACAUGUUUCAACAAACAGAAUGGAAGAAAAGUAAUCAAAGUGUCAUCGAACACGAUGAGUUUUCUUACGACAUUUAUAAAUGUUUUCUGAAGUAUUUAUAUACUGGCAAAAUCGAUCUUUCUGUGGAGAAAACAUUCGAUUUAUUAGUCUUAGCUGAUAAAUAUAAUGAGACUGAACUUACGGAUUGUUGUAUUCAAAUCUUAAAGAAUGAGUGUACUAAAGAGAAUAUUGAUAAUUUGGUGGCGAUGAUGUUAAAUAUAUUACAAAGAGCGCGAAGUGGACUUUCUCAUUAAUUUAUCCUGAGGUUUUAUGGCAUGCGUUUUUUUAUGGAAUAUGCUUGCUAAUUCUCAAACUUAACGUUCAAAUUCUCAACCUGGAAAAGUCAGAAUUCUCUAGUUUCAAUUUCAUUGGAUUUACAGUUUUUAAGUGGUAUCCGUCUAACCAUGCUAACGCUAACUAUUGAUAUUUUGGAAAAAUUGCUUGUACGGUUGAUGGGUAAUACGUAAAAAAUUAAACAGCAUUAAAAAAAAGACUAUUAUAGAUUAUUAGUGGGAUACUUAUUGAAGUACCGAUAUAUAUGGUUUGUUUUUCACAACCGAUGUGCUCAACUGAAGGAAAUCAGCUCAGAAAAUAUUCUAAGAUAUUGAGCAAAUUCAUCUUCAGGUUUGCACAAAACUCUUGCACUAAAACUGCAAUACCAAUACAUCAGUAUAAUAUAAAGUAAGUUGUGUAAUUUUUAAAAGGUAAAGGAUUCGUGUUUGCAAGUUAUUUUUUUUAAUACCUAGUGUGAAACAAAUAUUUUGAACUCAGAAAAACCAAAGAAAUUUUUUUUAAA